AUGAUCGCAGGCAAUGCCAACCAGAACAACUAUGCUGUUUUUGAUAUGGACAACACCAGCUACAAGAACGAUCUCACUGAAUCGCUGCUUCCUUUCCUUGAGAACCGAGGAAUCUUGACAAGAGAAAACUUGGACCCUUCGCUCAAGGUUAUUCCCUUCAAGGAUACCAAUGGCACGCAGGAAUCGCUGUUCAGCUACUACUAUCGUCUUUGCGAGGUUGAUGAUAUGAUCUGUUACCCAUGGAUUGCGCAAGCGUUCGCGGGAUUCACCCUGCGUGAGCUCAAAGUCUACGUUGAUGAGCUCAUGGCAUACAACAGUACCAUUCCAGUGAAGUACUUUGAGGAUGGUCAGCCUGUGGACGACACCGUCAGCCCGCCCAAAAUCUUCCGAGCACAAGCCCAACUCUACAACACGCUCAUGGCCAAUGGUAUCGAUGUCUAUGUCGUGACCGCUGCAAGCGAGGAACUCGUUCGAAUGGUUGCGUCAGACCCCAAAUAUGGAUACAACGUCAAGCCCGAGAACGUCAUCGGGGUUGCGACGGUUCUGCGAAACUGCACCAGUGGAGACAUCACGGCAUCUCGCAAGCAGAUUGCUGAUGGCGACUACGACCAGGACGGCAACUUGGAUUUGAUAUACGGAACAUACCUGUGGACUCCGGCUACUUGGUUCGCAGGCAAAUGGGCUGCUAUCCUGACCUACAUUGAUCAAUGGAAAAGACCGGUCCUGGCUGGUGGUGAUACUCCCGGCAGUGAUGGGUACAUGCUCUUGCAUGGUGUUGAUACCAGCAAAGGAGGCAUCCAUCUUUUCGUAAACAGAUCGAUGAGCAAAUGGGAAGAGAUGGAGGGAAUGAUCGAAGAGGCGAAAGAAGGUCAAAUUGCGAACCAGCGCGAAGUUACGGCCGACAAGAAUUGGGUGGUUGUUCGUCCGGAGGAGAUCUUAUAA